AUGACGCUUCGAAUCGACCUACUGAAAUUGCUUCUAUUCAACUUCUUGAUGAUUAGUUCGGUGAAAUCGUUUCGAAGAGUAUUGUUUGACUUACGAUCCAACAGCAAGUUACCGAACAGAGAUGAUACCUCGAAUUCGUUGUCUACAUUCCCCAAACCAUUCAAGUACACACGACCAAAAGUCACCAAGCACAGUCCAACGACGAAUGACGCUCACAUUGAAAGUGUUUCUCAUCGGCUUUCGCCUGUGUCAGUCAUUGAGGCGUAUAUACCACUGGAGGAACUCGGCUUUAGCAAGAAAGAAGUCGCCAAGCUCUGUACUAGAUAUUCUCGUUCAGCAGCAGCACAUCAUUGUUUCAAAUCGAACAUACCAAUUGAAUUCGUCGAUAAGUGUUCUGGAUUUCGCACUGAUUGUGCCCGUUAUAUCUUCAACAAACGUCCAAUAGCAAAAUUGGCGAAUUCAUUUCAGUCAGGUGCUGCGAUGACUAUGCUAAAUAUUGCGGCGGAUGGUGUACCCUUCUAUCCUUUAAAUCAAGCAGGUAGUAUGCGUGUACGCAAAAAUGCUAAGGUCAAUUUCGGUUCAUGGGGCGGUGGUCUUACUGAGAACACUGGUUUGCGUACCUACUGGAAACAAACGACAGAACGUGGUUUUAAUUGGCAUAAAGGAUUGUACGGGACCAGGAGUAGCUGGCGAAUGCCGGUCUUGAGACAGUUUGGUCUAGAAGGCGGUCAAGGAACGCAGGUGCAAGUACCAAUAAAAGAUGGCUCGGUUGGUAGAAUCGCACGUUUCACGAAUGGCACACACUUUGGACCGUAUUUCGGUGCUGCGGACACGGUCGAUGUUGAUUGGUCACAAGGUGCGAUGCAUUUGAAACGAUCAAUGUCGUCUCCAUUCGUCGGUGUUUCAAUGAACACGGGCGCUAAUGUGAAAUUUCCGAGUUUUGGAAACAUUUUGAAACGCUUCAGUGGUGGUUUAUUGUCGUUUUAA